ACAAAAAAGUCAAUGAGGCAUGCCACUGCAAUACAACGCAUAUAUUAAACUCUAGUACAAACAUUGCAAUGAGGGUCUAAAAUCUAGACCCCACAUUGGGGGUUCUAACAAGAUCCCUCCAGCUGGUCUCAGCGUUUUCGCGUUAUUAUUUUUUUUGAAGUUGUUUCAAAGUUUUGCUGUUGGAGAUGAGCUUUUGUUAUCAGCAAAUGCAAUAGAAGUAAUUGCAGUCAUGGCGUUGCCUAAGAUCAAGAGAGAUAUUUUUACUGACAUUGAGCAGAGGCAGUCCAGGAGAAUCAGGGCAUUCAGAGACCCCAUGACCUCUCCCUUACGAAAAGCCUACAAUUUUUCGAGUUUUUAUGAUACAGAUGAUGAUGACAGUGGUGCUGAUAAUGAUCACAGAAGAUCCAAUCCAAGAAGAUUUUUGAAUUCGUCUCCAAUAAGGAAGACUUCCUCCACAAAUAUCAGUCGAUUCAGAAACGAAGUUUUGAAUGUGUCCCCAACAAAAUUGAGAAAAGAAAAGAGAGAGCAAUUUAUAUUGAACAAAAGAGGCGGUCUAACAAAAAUGGAAAAGGAUAUAUUGGAUAAAGAUCAUCAACUUGAACAAAAAUUUCUUAAGAGAAUAGCUGACGAGGAUAAUGAAAGACAAAGAAUUUUAUUAGAUACCUUUGAUGAUCACGAAAAUGACAAUGAUACGGCAGAAAAUAGCAAUAGUAUAAAUAGCAAAAGUGCAUAUAUUAACGAUAACUUCAAUAAGGAUAACCAUGAUAACGAUUUUUAUGACGAUGAUUUUAUUUCUGAUUCUGAUGACGAUUCAUUCUGGGAAGAGUUUUCUAAUAAAAAACCGAUACAAGAAAAUAUAAAGAAUAAUACUAUUCAUCAUGAAGACCAAGACAUACUACAACAACAGAUUAAUGAAUUAGAGUUGAUGGAAAAUGAAGAAAUUGAAUUCCUAAUAAAUAAUUUUAAAAUUUAACUGAAUCCAAUUAUAGCCCUCAAAAAAAAAGAAUAAAAGGAAAAAAAGAAGAAAAAUGUAAAUAUAUA